AUGAAGUUCUUAUCAAAAAAUAUCGUUGUUUCUUCUCUUAUUCUUUUCCUCUUGAUAUCUUUACUCGCCCUACCGUCCACGUGCACGGCUACCACGAGUACUUGCGGUGCCACGGAUAAAACCUUCUCCCCGCUGAUCACAGAAGCGGCUAUUGGCGGGCCCAAACCAGCAGUGGUAAACACAGAUAUAAAGGCAAAGACGAAGACAAAAUCCAAACACGUUUAUAGCUUCGGUGGUGACGAGGAAGAGGACCAUGACGUAAACAGUGCUGCUUCAACCUCUCAUUGGCCGGCUAGGAGGUGUUCUAGUGGGGCUUGGAUGUUGGCUGACAUCCAAAAUACCCAGUUCGCCAUCACCCCGCAAUCAGCCAGAAAAAUGUCUACAGCCAGCAGCGCUCCCUCAACAGCUAUGAACUCCACAGCUACCUCAUCUGCAGAUGCAACGGCAGCUUCUUCGCAGUCUGACUUGGCGCUCCCUCAAUCAUCCCCAUAUGUCCCCCGGUAUAUAGACAUAGGCAUCAACCUAACGGACCGCCAAUUCCAUGGCGAAUACCACGGGAAGCAGGUCCACCAAUCUGACCUCGACGACAUAGUUCAGCGCGGCAGACUAGGCGGUGUGGAAAAGCUCAUGCUCACCGGCUCUUGUCUCAAAGAGUCUAAAGCGGCGCUCGAGAUCGCCCAAAACUACCCCGGAUACAUGUACACCACCGUCGGCGUGCACCCCUGCAGUGCCAAAGACCUCACAAACCACCGCGCUGGCCACGCCGCCUACAUCGACUCCCUGCGGACCCUCGCCCUUUCCUCGCCCCUCGUCGCCGCAUUCGGCGAGAUCGGUCUCGACUACGACCGCCUCUACCACGCCUCUGUCGAGGAGCAGAAGCUCGCGUUCACGAUGCAGCUGGACCUCGCGGAGGAGCUUGGGCUGCCGCUAUUCCUGCACUCACGCGCUGCCGCCGAGGACUUCGAAGCCAUCUUGUUCCCAAGGCUGCCGAGGCUGAAGGGAGGACUGGUACAUAGUUUUACGGGGUCUAUGGACGAGAUGAAGAGGAUCGUGGGCGCUGGGCUGUAUGUGGGUGUCAAUGGGUGUAGUCUGAAGACGGAAGAGAACCUGGCGGUUAUGAAGGAGAUACCGUUGGACAGGCUUAUGAUUGAGACUGAUGGUCCAUGGUGCGAGAUUCGCCCUACUCACGCAUCUUCGAAAUACCUCAAAGAUGCACCUGCGCUGCCGAAAGCAGUCAAGAAGGAGCGCUUCGUUGCUGGUACCAAUCAGCUGAUAAAGGGCAGGAACGAGCCCGUGUGUAUAUCCCAGGUGGCGUAUGUCAUCGCGAAUGUGAAGGGCAUAAGUGUAGAGGAGGUUUGCGAAGCUGCGUGGAAGAAUACUGUAGAUGUCUUUGGACUGGGUGUCAAGACAGCCGAUUUUAAUGAAGUAAAGAAGACCAUCACUCGCAGUAGCGAGAUUAGCCGCGCGCUUGGGCCCUAUGGAAACCCAUUGCCUUUAGCCGAAUCUAUCUACAGCUGGACAAAACCCCAAGGGAUAAAGAAUGGAAUAUGA